AUGGGUUCAGUUGACGGCAAAGCCACCUCCGAGCAGCUGGAAGAGAAGGCGGAUUCGCACUUGACUGGAACAUACAUUGGAGAUCCCGUGAUUGAGAAACGGCUUGUCAGGAAGCUUGACCUGCACAUUCUGCCAUGGAUUUUCCUGCUCUGGCUGCUGGCGUUCAUUGAUCGCAGCAAUAUUGGAAACGCAAAGAUCGACGGCCUUGUCGACGACCUGAAUCUUACUGGCAACAGGUACAAUGUCAGCUUGACAGUGUUCUACAUCCUAUACGUCCUCAUUGAUAUACCCUCAAAUUGGCUCCUCAAGAUUGUUGGUGGCGGCAGGUAUCUGCCGCUGCUCGCGAUAGCAUGGGGCAUUGUCGGCACCUGCAUGGGCGCAGUCAAAAGUUAUGCUGGCUUGAUAGUAUGCCGCAUGCUGUUGGGAGCAUGCGAAGGCGGAAUGUUUGGAGGAAUUAUUUUGUACUUGAGCAUGUUCUACCGCCGACACGAACUCAUGUUCCGUCUUGGAGUUUUCUACUGUGCAGCGCCCCUCUCUGGAGCCUUUGGUGGUCUACUGGCGACUGGUCUGGCGCAGAUUGAGUACGGCUCCUACAAGAGCUGGCCAUGGAUCUUCUUUGUUGAAGGUUCAAUAACCAUACUGGUUGCCAUGGUGGCAUUCUUCUUCCUACCGAAUACACCUAGCACGGCCAAGUUCUUGAGCUCAGAAGAGCAGUAUAUCGCUGCAAGCAUGAUUAGUCAGGACCUUGGAGGUUCGACUUCUGCGAAGGUCGACGAAGAACACUUCAACUGGUCAGAGGUCAAAUUUGCGCUGUUGAACGUCAACACGAUUUUCAUGUCGCUGAAUUUCUUCCUCAUCCUCGUCCCGAUCUACUCGUACUCCCUCUUCCUACCAACGAUCAUCAAGGGCCUGGGCUACACGAAUGUGACAGCACAGCUAUUCACCGUGCCACCGAACUUCCUCGCCUUCCUCUCGGUCAUCGCCUUCGCUUGGACAUCCGAUCGAAUCAAGAUGCGAGGACCACUGAUUGGUGUCGGACUUUUGCUUGCAGCUGUCGGGUAUAUUAUGCAGCUCGCAAGUGACGAGAACGCAGUCAAAUACGCAGGGACCUUCUUCGUGGCUGUGGGAGCUUUCCCCUGCUCACCACUCGUUUUGGCAUGGCUUUCCAACAAUCUGGCUCCGCACACCACGAAAGCCACUGGUCUGGGCUUCCAAGUCGCCAUCGGAAAUUGCGGCGCUUUCGUGGCUACAUUCACGUACCUAGCCAAAGACGGCCCAGAAUACACCACCGGCCACGCCAUAAACCUCGGAGCCAUCGGAUUAAGCAUGAUUCUGACAAUCGGAAACAUUUUGUACAUUCGUUGGGAGAAUUCUGCCCGACAGAGUGGUAGGCGAGAAUACAGACUGCAGGGUGUGGCGCCUAGUAGCUUGGGCUACAGACAUCCGGAUUUCAGGUACACGACAUGA